AUGUAAACUUGUAUUUAUGGGAGGAGGAUAAAAGCGAAUUAAUAUGGUGUGUCGUCAUCAGAAAGCGACAUAACAAACUGCCGUGUUGAGUGGAAGAUCGCGAGGUGUUAAACAUGGACAGUGAGGUGCAGCGAGACGGAAGAGUGCUUGAUCUUACAGAUGAUGCCUGGAGAGAGGAUAGACUGCCAUACGAGGAUGUUACUGUACCACUGAGUGAACUUCCAGAAGCAGAACAAGACAACGGUGGAUCUACCGAGUCGGUCAAAGAGCAAGAGAUGAAGUGGUCGGAUCUCGCCCUUCAAAGUUUACAUGAAAACACCCCAAACAUUGGCACAUAGAAGAGAAAGAGCUUUGUCCUGUUGAACUGAUCUCCAGCCUUUAUAAUGAUCCUGUAGGUCUCAUACAGGGGAUCAUUGAUUCACGUUUUACAGUUGAGUCAUUGUUGCAGAGUUAUGUAGUUUCUGUACAUGUGAGCUGAAAUAAUGUAUUAUUUGAUAUUUCCAAUAUUGUUUGCAUUUUAAAUCUAAAUAAAAUAUUUAAAGUAGAUAAGUGCAA